AUUCUCUCCCCUUCAUCUCUAAUUGACCGCACAACUUCCCUUCUUCUUCUUCUUCUUCUUCUUCUUCUUCUUUUCUCUUUCUCUUUCUCUUUCUCUUCCUCCGCCUUCUGGCGACGGACUCCGACGGUUCCUUCUUCUCUCUCUACACUCCGAGAAUUCCUUGGGGAGGGAAGCUACUCAACACCCGAUUCCUCCCUCCCAUUCUUCCCAUCCACCUCCAUUGCAUUUCUUUCUCAAUGCUACUCUUCCUCUCUUGAGUUCCAACUUCAUCUCAACUUCGCUUCAUCUCCCCUCACGGAUCUUCCCACAGGCUGGGAUAUUCAGCUGUAUGCUGAUUCGCUUGAACCUCUCUAAUUUAUGGGGGAGUGGGUUAUUGGAGCUGUCAUCAACCUCUUUGGCAGCCUUGCCAUCAAUUUUGGGACGAACCUUCUUAAAUUAGGCCAUAACGAGAGAGAGAAGCAUUCCAUGCUAGAAAACAAUGGCUCUAUUGGAAAGACUCCAAUGAAGCCCAUUAUAUACUUCCAGACUUGGAGAGUUGGUAUUACAUUUUUCAUUAUUGGAAAUUGCCUUAACUUUAUUUCCUUCGGAUAUGCUGCCCAGUCUCUUCUUGCCGCACUUGGAUCUGUUCAAUUUGUGUCCAAUAUUGCUUUUGCGUACUUUGUACUCCACAAGAUGGUUACUGUUAAGGUAAUGGUUGCGACUGCUUUUAUUGUUCUUGGAAACGUUUUUCUAGUUGCUUUUGGCAACCACCAGUCCCCUGUGUACACUCCAGAGCAGCUGGUGGAGAAAUAUGGAAAUAUUACCUUCCUUCUAUACUGUGUCAUUUUGAUCUUGGUUGUUGCACUACAUCACUCGAUCUAUAGAAGAGGAGAACUGUUACUCUCUGUUUCUGGACAAGAUCUCAGGCCGUAUUGGCAUAUGCUACUACCAUUUUCGUAUGCUAUAGUUUCAGGUGCAAUAGGCUCUUGCUCGGUCUUGUUUGCAAAAUCUCUCUCAAUACUGCUCAGAUUGGCUAUGUCUAGUGAUUAUCAGCUGCAUAGCUGGUUUACAUACUCCUUGCUGCUUUUAUUUCUCAGUACUGCUGGAUUUUGGAUGGCCAGGUUAAACGAAGGACUUUCCCUGUUUGAUGCAAUCCUUAUUGUUCCCAUGUUUCAGAUAGCAUGGACUUUCUUCUCCAUAUGUACAGGUUUUAUAUACUUCAAAGAAUUUCAGGUGCUUGAUGCUUUGAGGACGACGAUGUUCAUAUUAGGAAUGAUGUCUGUUUUCAUAGGCAUCUCUUUGCUAGCACCUGAUGAGCCGAGAGACGGUGAAUUCAAAGAUAAUUCCUCUUUGGUUUCUGGGACAUCCACAAGCUUCACAUCAGAAGAAGAGAGACUAAUUGUGUCAUCCAAAGAAUUAGAGACUAGGGACGCAAAGUCAUUUUCACAAGGAGUCUUGUUAAAGAUUACAGAUGUAGUAGCCAAGGCGAAGGCUGCUUUAGCACUUUCUCUAGGUUUUGGAGAAGACUCACUCAAUGCAUCUGCAAUACUUGUGAUGCCUAUGGUGUCAUCAAGGAUGACUGGCUUUAGAGGAACCGGGUUCGAGCGAUCAAAGUUUUUCUCCAUGAGAAAGCCUGAUUGGAGUAGGAUCUCAUUGGAUGAGGAGGAUACGAAGGUGCUCGACACGGACAUAGGUUUCUCCCAAAACCUUUGAAUAGAAGUAGAAGUAAGAAAAAUUGGGUUGGAGUAUUAAACCAACGCCUUUCUCUAUAGAUAUAGUAGUUAGAAUUCAAUAUACCAGUAACUGAGCAUGUUGUUACAUAGAAUUAUAAAAGACAAUAUUGUAUAUUAUGAACAAAAACAAAAUUCUUAUAAAGCAAGAUAUUGUUUUUUCCCCACCAAA